UGACGUUGAUAGCAAGAUGGCGGCGCUGAGCGGUCCCGCGGUCCGGGCGUUUCUCCUUCUCCUCUGCGGCUUCUUCUCGGUGCCGGUUUGGGGCCGAAUUCAUCACCUGAUCCUCAAGAAUGAUGUGAGACAUAAGGUCCAUUUGAACACCUUUGGUUUCUUCAAGCAUGGAAGUAUGACUGUUGAAAUGACCAGUUUGACUUUGAAGGGGAUUGACCUCAAGACUAUUGACAAUUCGGAGCUGGGGCUCAGUUUGGACAGAACAAAAAAUGAUGGCUUCUCAUCAUAUCUGGAAGAUGAUGUUGAUUAUUGUAUUUUGAAGAAGAAGCCACCCAGCGAUGUGCCCGUCACACUUCUCCUCUUUGACUUUGGUAAACAAAGAGUCACCAUUCAGUCCUCUGGCAGCAAUCAGCCUCAGAUCGGUGAUGCGCGCAAUGCGCAGAGUAAACCCGAGGAGGACAAAGGGAACCAAAAAGAUAAGCCCGGGUCAGGUCCCGCUGAUGAAACACAGGCAGCAAAUGUGCAGAAUAUAAGUGGAAAGACCAAACGGAGCGUUGAGCAAUCCAAGAGUGAAGCAGGAAGCAUUCCAAUGCAGAAGAAAAAUUCCUCCUAUUCAGUCAAGUUUUCACUCAGCAUCAACGGCACGGACGAGGAGGGCCUUUACAGCCUGUACUUCCACAACUGCUACGGCAAAGGGCAACAGAACUCUGAAUUGCCGCGCUUCGAUAUUGAUAUCACAAUCGUGGAGCAAAACCCUGGCAGCUUCCUGUCCGCGGGAGAAAUUCCUCUGCCCAAACUCUACAUCUCAAUGGCGUUCUUCUUCUUCCUGGCUGCCGUUCUCUGGGUGUACAUUCUCCGGAAGCGCAGCAACGAUGUUUUUAAGAUCCAUUGGCUGAUGGGGGCACUGGCGUUCACCAAAUCCUUUUCUCUGGUUUUCCACGCUAUUGAUUAUCACUAUAUUUCAACCCAGGGAUUCCCCAUCGAAGGCUGGGCUGUGGUGUACUACAUUACUCACCUGCUGAAAGGUGCUCUUUUGUUUAUUACAAUUGCGUUAAUAGGAACUGGCUGGGCUUUCGUCAAACACAUCCUAUCAGACAAGGACAAGAAAAUCUUUAUGAUCGUCAUUCCACUGCAGGUGCUGGCUAACGUCGCUUACAUCAUUAUCGAGUCGACAGAGGCUGGGACGAGUGAAUACGGAUUGUGGAAGGAGAUCCUGUUCCUCGUUGAUCUGCUGUGCUGUGGGGCCAUCCUAUUCCCUGUGGUGUGGUCAAUUCGACACUUGCAAGAGGCAUCUGCUACGGACGGGAAAGCUGCCAUAAACUUGGCGAAGCUGAAACUCUUUAGACAUUAUUAUGUCAUGAUCGUCUGUUACAUUUAUUUCACCCGGAUUAUCGCCAUCCUGAUUAAGAUCACGGUGCCCUUCCAGUGGAAGUGGCUUUAUCAGUUCCUGGAUGAACUGGCUACGCUUGUGUUCUUCUGUUUGACGGGCUACAAGUUCCGACCAGCUUCAGACAACCCCUACCUUCAGCUGUCCCAGAACGAGGAGGACUUGGAGAUGGAUGAAGUAGUGACGACAACUGGGUUAAUGGAAGGAGUGAAGAAAGUCAACAGAGCAGCCAACGGCCCCACGGAGUCCAGAGGAGAGCAGGACCGGGUGGUGUGAGGGUGAUCGAGCAAGACUGCGUGGUGUGAGGGUGGUCCUGGAAUGAGAUUGGCUCAAGUCAGUCCUGGACCGAACAUGAACCAAAAACACUUUAUUCCAGAUUCAAAAAAAAAAGUGCUUGCGCACACAAUUUGAACUCAAUGUUUUGUUUGAACAGAAAUUCCCACCAGGUAUUUGUAGUUUUCCAAUCAAUCAACAUGUGGUGCACAAGACUGGAUUUGGUGCCUGUCUUGGUCCCAGUCACUGUGUAUUGCUGACCUGCCUCAGUGCAUCUCAAGUCCAUUUCUAGCUUCUGAGGGGGUUUAUUGCUGUAAAUUUCAUGGUGUUUAGGACCUGGUUGGCUGAGGGUUGGUUCCAUUUGCUGAUGUACAAACCUGUGUAGCUGAGAGACCCGCACAGUAGUUUAGUGACUGGCUAUGGUUGUAGGUCAGGUCUGCAAAUUGUCAACAGCCAUACUUGUGAUGAACUGAAUUGGUUUCAGGAGCGCUGUGCACAGGGUCACAGAGUGCUGUGUUGCUCGUGGACAGGUGGGGGGUGGGGGGGAAACUCUAGCAUAACUCCAAUCAACAAUGUGGAUUUAAUGGAGCAGAACAUUCUUCUGCUGAAUGAAAGCUCGUCUCAAAAGCAGCCCACACCUUUCAGAGGACAAAAUAAUAGGUUGUUAAAAAGUAGGUCAUGCAGCGAAUGGUAUCGUUGUAAAUUUUACUUUACAAUGGACUCUGCUCUUUACUGUACAGCUGCUGCGUAUGUUCAUGUUGCCGAACAGUCGUCGAGAGCUGUACUUGUAGCAGUGCUGAACUUACAGCAGGGCUGUAAUCAGCUCCUCGCUCCAACACCAAACUGAACCCUCACCUUCCUCACUUAGACGACUGGGAAUUAAAUUUAGGAGUCAAGGCUUUUCUUCGGAAGUGAUUGAGGUGGAAUUGCUCCAUUGGGGACUCAGGUUCCAUUCCCGAGCGUCAGCGGAUUCACAGACUGAGCAGAUGUUUGUGUGUCUUGUCAGCGAUCGAGUCCCCGAGCAGAGCGUGGGAGUCGGGCCAUUUCAUUCCAUGCUCAAAACAAGUGAAACACACCUUCGAGAUCCCAUGUGAGAUGCUCGCAGGCUCUGACCUUGAGCACUGAUUUGCGGUGUUUCUUAAGUGAUUUCUUCAUCAGAAAUGUGGGAUUCUAAAGCAGCAGGUGUUCUGGAGAAUACGUUCGUGAGAACCUUCGAUCGCUUACAAAUUGGAUAAUUUCACAUUUCUUAUUGAGAAAUUAGUUACAAAUACUACCAAUUAGCGCUCGUUAUUUCACACUCUGGUUAGCGGGUCGUUUAUUUUUAGAUUUCAUUCCAUCUUUUAUUUUGAAACGUGUUUUUAAAUGUUUUCCCCCCGGAGAGUUAUUGCUCUCCCUCCCACGAGUACCUCCAAUAGCACCUCCAGCGAGAUUGAUUAUUCCUGCUUGUCUUUGUGUCUGUCCCAGAAAUAAUGUCACUGGCACACGGUCAGACAUAGACUCCUGUGAAUCACAGUGAGCUUUGAAAAGUCUCGUUUUGAAUCAGCUGUCAAGCUGGGGAGGGACUUUCAUGGAGCUAGCUGGGGCAGCAGAGGAAGAGAUCUUUCCCUCAGACUUGGCUCUGCAUGUGGAUGAGAAGCUGCAUCUGCUUGUCAUUUGCGCUUGCUAUGUGUGUGCUCUUUGGGUGUGUGAGUACGUGAGUGUGUCUGCGCGCAUGAAGGCCCCUUCUGUGUACUGCUUAUUGCCUGCUCUGGUGUGUAUUAUUCAGUGUGUAAUGCUGAUGUGUAUUCAGUGUGUAGCUGUUCUUGCUCUGGCCUGUCUGCAGGAAUGUGUUGGUGCUGUUCACUGUAGGGGCUGGGGUGGGGGGAGUAAACAUUUUUCCUCUUAAACUAGAUAAACCCUCUGGUGUCACGCCUUGUUUAAGCCCUUGUUUUGAAUGGCUGUCAAGGGUCACAGCACAGAGCCAGUCCCUCUCUGUAGGUUUAGUGGAGCCCGGCUGCUCAUGUUCACUGGAGGUGGGGAAGCCGUGUGUGAGUUGUGCAGAGCCUGUGGGAAUCUGAGCCACAUUCACUUCUCUCCUGGGGCAUUGAGCACAGCAGCAUCACUGAGCCCUGGGAGGUGCCUGCUGAAGUGGACAGUGUUAGCUGUGACAGAGAAUCCAACUCUAAAACUCCUGAUUGUAAACAGAUCAGCCACAAGCACAGCACUCCUGAACAUCGGGGUGUGGCCAGUGAUGUAUUAUUACUCUAUAGUUUGUGUUAUUGAACAAUUGUCACAAUUGUAGCUUCACAUUCAGUUGCCUGAGCUGAAUGCAGAGCGAGUGUAGACUGAGAGACACUGGCCUGAAUUUAAGUGGUGUUGGUGGAGAUCCUCUGCUCAGGGACUCGUUCAGUGAAUUUCAAUUAAAUCUUCGGGCUCAGACACAGGAACCCGAUUGAUGUUGAUAUUAGAUUGAGUUUGUCCUUCUGGACAACCAUUUGUGGUGCGGAGAAAAUCCAAGAUGCUCACAGGCCAUCAAUAAAUUACAAAUUUAGAGUUGCUGUCACCAGCGCUUCCAGAAAGUCCUAUCACGAUGCAUGUUAAAGACUUGUGUGCAUGAAGCCAGUGGUGAAAUCCUGAAAAACCCAGGAACCCAAGGCCCCAAUUUCCAUCUGGUCUAGCCCUAAGAUUUCAUGCAGAGUUGGAAAAUUGUUUAGUUUCUUUGAAGCUGUUUCUUAAAAAGACCAUUUUCAAAAUGAGAUGUUCUAACUUUUGUGUUACUCCAACUCAGGAUCCAUUACUUUGUCAUUGUUGGAUCAGCCCUUAGGGGCCCAGGUGCGUGUCUGCUCGGACCCAAUUAAUUCCAGAGCCAAGUUUUGCCGCGAUUGCUUCUGAAGUAAUGUGGUCAGAAAUCACCAGGUUAUUGAGCCUCUCUUUGUGACCUGCCACAAUCUCAGCUCCCAUGAUAUUAAGAUGGAUUUGAUUCAGACGUUGCUGGUCACAACUGUUUCCAUCUCCGGUGUUUGUGACCAGUAGCUGCAGGCCAGUCCCAGCGGCUGGAUUUGUCCUGAGCUUCACAUCCGCUGGCGCUUCACCAAACUCAGUGUUAAAGGCCAGACGUUUACAAAGGCCAGGGAGAUGUUACGGACCUUGUCUCUCAGCUUGUGUAUCUUACUCCCUGCAUCUAGCUACCAAAUAAUCUCAGCAAAAAUUUAUCCACUAAAAUCUUAUUAAUAAAGACUUAAUUUCAGCUGUCAGCAAAAACCCAGUGUCUGUACGGGCAGACUCGCAUGAACACCAGUCCAUCACACUAGUAACUGGAACUCGCAAUGUGUGGGAAAAUUAGCACUUUAGUCUCUUAAUUGAAAUUAACGUUAGACGCUUUGUGUUCAUUCUAGCUCCACCUCCUCCUUCAUGUUCAUUAAUUCCUUCGAGUCUUGAACUCCCAAUUACUGUAUUUCUAACUGGAUCCUUGCAGUCAGUCACUGUGUAACUUUACAAUCGAUUCUGGACCUUGGUUAGCUCAGUGUCUUCACGUUUGUCGAGUUGAAACUGAUUGAAACCUUACAUAUCAAAUUCAAACUGCACCUUUCUGAGUGUCUCAUACUUUCACAGACUGUGUGUGUGUGUGUGUCUUGUCUGUCUGUCUGUCUGUCGGGGGUUGCUGGAUCUCACUAAAAACAUUAUUUCCUUUUUUUAAUUAAUUAUCCUCUUUUUAAUUUUCUGUUUAUUAUCUGUCACUUGUUGACAUUGUUAACACUACUCUCUCAGGCUUCUUUCUAAAUAUUUCUGAAUUCUGUUGACGGACACAUUAUCAUUUUACUGACCAGUAAUCCUCUCUUGUGUGUGCAAGUACAAUCUCGCUGAUUGUACUUGCACAUCUGCGCAUAUUUAUUGAUGUUCAUGACCUCACAUGCCCACCCCGCCCCAUUACACAUGUUAAUUCAGCCACACCUAUCAGUACAUUUAACCAACGUAACCUUGCUGGGAGGGUCUUCUCACCUGGCUGCCACGUUGGGUGAAGGUAUUGGUAGAUCUAGGCAGUUCUCAGUCAACAUAGACACAGCCUCCAUCAGUGUAUGAGGUGGUUCUCCCCCACCCCACCACCGCCCAAUGUGGGUUUCAGUGGGACAUGUGGGUGCUGGUUGGUGGAAUUUAAUAAACAGGAAGCUCACACCCGUUGUACUCGGCAUGGAGGGGGAAGGGUCCAUGCACACAUCAGUUGUUUGAUGCGCUGAAUGCUGACCUGAUCCCAAUCUAUGUACAAAUGUUUGUCUUUUAACGCUUCAAGAUCUGGCAGGAUUUGAGUGGCUGUCCGGUGACUGAGCGGUACACUGGGCAGUGCCCGGUCACACUAAUGAUGUAAAUGUGUAAAAUUCUCAGUGAUGCGUUUUCUCAUGUAAAUAUCUAUUGUAUUUAUAUAACCAAUAGACUGGUGGGAUUCACAACCAGUGGUCUCAAGCCAGCUGGUUAAAGUGACGCCGGGGUAUACAGGUGCUUCUUAACUUACACUGGCAACAGACUUCUUAACUUACACUGUAACAGGCGAGGCUGUAAACAGGCAAGGAGUGGUAUUUUGUGUGAGGCACAAACUCUGGACCAGGUUUUGCAGUGAGAGCAGCUUGAAGCUCCUAAUGCUUUGAGUUACCAGCUGGAGGAUAACAAGAGAAUAAAUUAUUCUUUCCCAUCCAUCUAUCCCCACACCUAAACCUAAUCUUAAGUCACAGAGCAGACAACAUAGCAAGGAAACUGGCAAAAGGAUGUGCGUUGGCCAAAGGGUGUGUGUGAGCAAACAAAUACCUGCUUGGGUUAAAUGUCCUUUACACAUCUGUAACCCUGUGAGACUGUUUGUCUACAGUUUGAUUUGGGGAAUAGAAUCAGCCCCACACUGGGGAUUGCGGAUUGUCACACAAUGAGCUGGCUGCUUAUUCUGUCCUUUGUUCAAGAAUUAAUGGAUGAGAUGUCCAGAAUGUGCUCAGCACAUUAUUUUCCCUUUUUGUUUUGCUCCCUUUAACCAGAAGCUGUUGAAAGGUUUUGGAACAGUUGGAUUGAUGGGAAGAGCUAAUCUCUGUGUGACGUGGAUGAUACUACAGAGAGAUCUCUUUCCCUCAUGCAGGAUAAAGGGAGAGGAAUCCUCAGAGCUGGGGGACACGUGAAUUGUCACUGGGCAGCUGUAUUCCUCUCCCCAACUCCCUCAAGCAUUGAACCAAGCACCUGAGAGAAGCCCUCGCCCACUUGACUAUGGUUGAUUGCCUCAGUUCAGUUUCCUAAAUCCAUUGGUUAAUGUAAUUUCUGCUCCUUUUAUAAGUGCUUCAGUUUGCAGUGUUAUUGUGGUGUAAUGAGCAUUGCAUCAAUGAGAAGAACCAGGGUUACAUUCACCACAAAUUAAGCUUGGAUCAUCUCGGGGAAGGAGCCAGACUUUCCACAGGAGCUUCCCUGCAGAGAGAAUGGGCAAACACCAUCCCCGGGACAUAUCUCCAAGCCCACCAACUCGCUUUUCAUGUUACAGUCACUCAAGCAGAUGCUUGGGGGCUGCUCAUGUGCUCACCACCGGGGGAGGGGGUAAAGCUUGCUCAGGAUUGAUGCAAUGGUGCAAUUUUAGCGAUAGGGGAACAUAGAUAUUGGUCAUUACACUAAGUGGAGCCAUUGGAAAGAGAAACAGUUUUGUAUGGUACAUUAGUGGACAGUUUGAAAAUCAGUGCAAUAUGGAAUGACAAUUAAUGGCUUAACCCUGUUUAUAACCUACUCACUCUACUUUCUACAAGCCUAACAACUUGCUUGGUGUCUCAAGGUCAACUGGCUGGACUGAAUGGAUUAGGCGUUUGUAUGGAUUCUAAUAAUCAUGAGUUUCUAAUUUAUAAAAUGUGAUCUGAUGGAAAUAGAUAAUAAAGGUUCCUCUGGGUGAUUUGUAUUUCUGGGAUGUGCUAAUAAAGGUAAAUGAUUUGACAACUUUGGGAAA